AUGUCCUCCUCAAUGGCCAUUCUCACCACCAUCGUCAUCUGUCUUCUCGCUACAAUCGACGUGAAACCUGCACCAUCAGGCAUUGUUGAGCAGGAGAAUCACUCAAAAAUCGCAUGCUGGGAGUCAAAGGUCUCAGGAAACCUCGAAAGCGGAUUUCAGCUGAGCGGAGAAGAAUACAAGCUCUGUUCAUACAUGCCGUCACCGGCAAACUACGAGCAAGGAUAUGUGAAUGGAGUAGACCUUGAGUCAGAUGAUUAUUCACAUGUUCUUGGUCUUCUCUCCACAACCACACCAGGAUACUCAAUGUUGUCAGUUUGUAUCCACGAGGCCUUCACGUUUCGAGGCAACUUGACCUCAACCCAAUAUUCAAUUCGAUGCCUCUGUAAUAGAUCUGGCUGUAACAUUCCGAGUAGCAUGGACAACUUUUUCACUUUUAACCAGUCCCCAAUCUUUUUGUAA